UCUGUGCUGCAGUUAUUUCUUACAUUAUUUCUCCCAGUCUGGUCUCUGUUCUGCAGAUCUUCCUCUCGUCCACCGACUUUCUAAUAUUAGCUUGAACUCAGGUUUACAAAACACACUUCUCUGGCUGUCAUGGAUCUACUGAUGACCACCUUACCACCAUAAAUAGCCACGUUCCCAGGAGCAGCGAACCGAGUGAGAAGCAUUGCGCUGUGUGUGUGUGACAUCAAAAAGUGACAGAGCGGAGGAAAAAGUGUGCUGAACUUAUGACAACGACCUGAAGUGGAUCGCUGGAGGAAGAGCAGCAAAGAUCCAGAGUCGAUCGGACAUCUUUCUCUGCAUCCACUGGUGACAUUUGCUCAUAAUCAUCACCAUGGGUGAAAUGGAGCAGCUGCGAAAGGAGGCAGAAAGUCUCAAAGACCAGAUCACUGCAGCCCGUAAGGCGGUGCAGGACUCCACACUGCAGGAGGCGGCAGCCGGGAUCACUGUGGUGGGGCGUAUCCAGAUGAAGACCAGGAAAACGCUAAGGGGUCACCUGGCCAAGAUCUAUGCUAUGCACUGGUCCACCGACUCAAAGCUGUGUGUCAGCGCCUCACAGGAUGGAAAACUCAUAGUGUGGGACAGCGUCACAACCAACAAGGUGAAUGCCAUCCCCCUGAAGUCGUCCUGGGUGAUGACCUGUGCCUAUGCACCGUCAGGAAACCUGGUGGCAUGUGGUGGUCUGGACAACAUGUGCUCCAUCUACAACCUGAAGGGGAAAGAUGGGAAUGUAAAGGUGAUGCGAGAGCUGGCUGCACACACAGGUUAUCUUUCCUGCUGUCGCUUCAUCAGCGACACUGAGAUCAUCACCAGCUCAGGCGACUGCACCUGCAUACUCUGGGACAUAGAGACAGGGACCCAGAAGACGGUUUUUGCUGGACACCAAGGAGACUGCAUGUCCCUGGCUGUAGCCCCAGACUUUAAAUUUUUCAUCUCAGGAGCAUGUGAUUUUACAGCAAAGCUGUGGGACAUCAGGGAGGGCACCUGCAGACAGACCUUUGGAGGCCACGAGAGUGAUGUCAAUGCCAUUGGAUUCUUCCCCAAUGGUAAUGCAGUGAUAACAGGAUCAGAUGAUGCCACCUGUAAACUAUUUGAUCUGCGGGCUGACCAGGAGCUCAUCACCUACCAGGACUCCAGCAUCAUGUGUGGCGUGACCUCCCUGGCACCGUCCCUGUCUGGCCGGCUGUUACUGGCUGGCUACGACGACUUCAACGUUAACAUCUGGGACAUGCUCAAGGCUGAAAGAGUGGGUGUCCUGGCCGGUCACGACAACAGAGUGAGCUGCAUCGGCGUGUCUGCAGAUGGCAUGGCCUGCUGCACAGGAUCCUGGGACAGCUUCCUCAAGAUAUGGAACUGAGGCUGUCCCUCACCUGCAAGCAGAGAGAAAGCAGUUAAUAUAUGCUUGGAAAUAUGUGAAGAUUUAAAACAACGAGAGAUCAAUGGAGGGAGGAGACACAUAGAGUAAGAAGAGGGCGUUUUAACUGUGCCAAGUCCUUUCUAAUGUUGGAGAAGAGGGGUGUAAUGUGAGGAUUUCCUCUUCUCCCAGUAACACUACACUCUCACCUUUCUUCUCAUGGUGGAAAUUAGAGUAGGACAAAAGAGUGGAGGUCUUAGUCAAAUUUCCUAUUAGUUAAUCUGUAAUUCAGAUGAAACAGAUGAAAGAUACAUAUUUUUGGAGCAAUAUAAGGAUUACCCAAUACGAGCAGCUGCCAAAUGGAAAUGGUAGCACACUGGAUGAGACAGAAGUAAAUACAUGUCAAGUUAAAGCUUGUGUAGAGUCACAGAAGCUCCACUUCUAUGCUGUGUUUUAUAUGAGAACAUAGGUUACACCAUAUGAAUAACUUGAUUUACGAUCAUUUGUUUUAGCUUUGGUAGAUUCCCUAGAUACUUAAACUUUCUUUUUCUUUUUCUAAUUUCAUUUAAACUUGAGUCAAUAGUUUGCAAAUGUCUGCAUUUGUGUUUGUUUUGUAUGUGACUGAUGGACAAUAUUUAGCAGGAUUUUGGAUCAUUUUUGGCUUUACCCUCCCCCGAGUAGGUAGACCUAAAAUAUGUUUCGAGAAAAAACUCAAAAUGACAUAUGGAUUAGUAAAAUGGUCACUUGUGGAUGACUUACAGAAAAAAGGAUGGCGACCCAUUUGCUUCAGGACAAAACUGUGUAUGAGUGUCAAACAGUGUGGAUACAGCAGUAACCGUGAAUAUUGAUAUAUCUGCUUAUAUAUUUCUCUUCAUAGCAGGUAAGCUCUGAAAACUGAUGGUAUACAUUUAGAACAUCAAACUAAAAUUUCAACUACAUUGUUUUCAAUGCUUGAUCUACAAUGUGCAAUGUAAAAUAAUAAAUCUAGGAUUCUGCUAAA